ACGUUCCAAGAAGAACAAACUCCGCCAAGCGAACUAAGCAGUGCAGUAGUAUAGCCUGAAACGAUUGAAGUGUUAUAUAAAUUUAUAUUAGGGUUCAGGGUUUCGAUCUCAAAACCUUUCGGAGAAGAGAAAGGAGAAGGAGAAGCCAUGGAGAGCGCCUUCGCUAACGCCUCUGCGAUCUCCGACCAGAGGCAAAAGAUCGAGCAGUACAAGCACAUUCUAUCCUCCGUUAUUUCUUCAAACGACAUCGUAAAAGCCAAGAAAUUCAUUGACCACAUGUUAUCAGACGAUGUACCUUUGGUGGUUUCGCGGCAACUUUUGCAGACUUUUGCUCAAGAAUUGGGGAGGUUGGCUCCGGAGACUCAAAAAGAGAUUGCUCAUUAUACCCUUGCGCAGAUUCAGCCCCGAGUUGUGUCUUUUGAGGAACAGGUACUAAUUAUACGGGAGAAGCUUGCAGAGCUAUAUGAAUCCGAGCAGCAAUGGUCAAAAGCAGCCCAAAUGCUCAGUGGCAUUGAUCUAGAUUCUGGAAUGAGAGUGAUUGACGACACAUUCAGGUUGUCAAAAUGUGUCCAAAUAGCUCGCCUAUAUCUUGAGGAUGAUGAUGCUGUUAAUGCAGAAGCUUUCAUAAAUAAAGCUUCAUUCUUGGUUAGCAACAGCCACCAUGAAGUAUUGAAUCUACAAUAUAAGGUUUGUUAUGCCAGGAUUUUAGAUUUAAAGAGGAAGUUCUUAGAAGCAGCCCUGCGAUAUUAUGACAUUUCUCAGAUUGAGAAGAGGCAAAUAGGCGAUGAAGAGAUUGAUGAAGAGGCACUAGAACAAGCUCUAUCUGCUGCUGUAACAUGUACAAUUCUUGCUGCUGCAGGACCCCAACGUUCUCGUGUUCUUGCUACUUUGUACAAAGAUGAACGGUGCUCUAAGUUGAAAAUUUAUCCAAUACUACAAAAGGUCUACUUGGAGAGGAUUUUGCGAAAACCAGAAAUUGAUGCAUUUGCUGAAGUUUUAAAAGCACAUCAGAAAGCACUUCUUCCUGACAAUUUUACCGUGCUUGAUCGUGCAAUGAUCGAGCAUAAUCUGCUGAGUGCAAGCAAACUUUACACAAAUAUUAGGUUUGAUGAGUUGGGCACCCUGCUGGGAAUAGCACCUCAUAAGGUUUUUGGCUUGCAGGCUGAGAAGAUAGCAUCGAGAAUGAUCUAUGAAGAUAGAAUGAGGGGAUCUAUUGAUCAGGUGCAAGCUGUCAUACAUUUCGAGGAUGACACUGAAGAGUUGCAACAAUGGGACCAACAGAUAGUUGGACUGUGUCAAGCCCUCAACGAUGUUUUGGAUAGCAUGGCUAAAAAAGGCCUGUCGAUUCCUGUCUGAUCUGCGUUGAUGAUGAGUUGGUGACGGAUAGAAUUGAAAAAUUCAAUUGUUUUGCAUCCAUAUAUGGUCGAAAAUUAGUGGUACAUCCUUUUUGGACGUUGUAAUGAUUUCAAUUUCAUGAAGAAAGAACUCUACAUGUAGAUUGUUAGGUUCGAUUUGAUUCGUUAAAUGAUUUAGAACCGUAUAUUUGAGUGUCGACAACAUUGUAGCCAUCUGUGGGAUGAUAAAAGGGAAUAUAAAAGUACACUUUUUGAGGAAAGGCAAA